AUGAAAACUACCAAUGAAACUGACAAUUUAUUUCGACACAAUGAUACGAAGCAAGAUGGAAAAACUGAAUAUGAAACAACAACUAGUCGACUCGAUCGAUAUAACGAUGGUGGUAGUUAUUACGAUGGUUUAGAACCUACGACUGAUCGAUAUAUUUCAUAUGGAACAACAAUAACAGGUCGCGAAUGGGCUAAUGAUACGGCAAUUCAUACAAAUAGUUUAGAAGAAACAAAUACAUAUCUUAGAAGAUCAUCUAGUGAUCUUUUUAUUGAUUCUAGUCCUCAAAUUAUUCGACGAACAACAAGUAAAAGUCCAAUAAUGUUGGAACAACGAAUUACUGUUCGAUAUCUUCAACCACCACCUGCUCCAGAACCAGGACCAUUGAUUAUUAAAGAAGUGCGUCCACGACAAUCAUCACCACCUCCCCCAUUGAUCAUAUGCGAACAUGCACUACGUCCUCCUACACCACCUCCACUUAUCUUACGGGAACGACCACCAACACCACCACCAGUUAUUCAAAGUGAAACAAUUAUUAAAGAAUUACCUGCUAUGCCUGUUCCACCACGAUCAGUUAUUAUCGAACGUUUUCCACCUCCUCCGGGAAAACCACGUGAUAUUAUAAUUGAGCGAUGGAUUCCCUAUGGACCUCCACCUGAACGUCGUACAAUUGUAGAAUCUGCUCCUGCUCCUAUUGAAUUUCCACGACCAUUUCAUAAAAUUAUUGUUUAUGAAAAUGUUCGUACACGUAUAAUUCGACGAUUUGAAGAUCUUGGUAUUACUCAAGAAAAUCCUGAUACUUAUAUAGCUCGUUAUAGGUCAACACUUUUAAGUCCAACAGUACUUCUUCAAGAAGCUCGCCGCGUGGGUGUUACCGAAGAUAUAUCACCUCCGAUGCCAUCAUCUUCAAUGUAUACAAGUACACGCGGAAAUACUAUUGAUUAUAAUUGGUCAGACGGAGUAAUACGUAGAACUUUUACAUCAUCAGGCGUAUUCACUGAUACUAGACGUGAUGGAUGGACAUACAGAACAGGAUUUCGACGAUAUACUUAA